UUCUCUUCUCCCGUUCCGGUUCCGUCCGUCGCUUCGCUUCCAUUCCAGUUCCACGGUGGCGGCGUGAGUUGAAACGGAACGCUCUGCUGCCGUCAGACGUCUACCCCAAGGGCCCAAGCCACCGUACAAAAAAUCUCGCUGCGCUUCUACUCGAGGAAGUAGAUUCGACGAGGAAACCCAAAGCGGGAGCGCGCGCGCAUCAAGGAGUUCUUCUAUCUACCCAGCAUGGAGACCGAGUUCCAGGAUGGCAAGCAGGAGGUUAUUGAAGCAUGGUACAUGGAUGACAGUCAAGAAGACCAGAGACUUCCUCAUCACCGUGAACCCAAAGAAUUCAUUCCUCUGGAGAAGCUUUCAGAACUAGGAAUCGUCAGCUGGCGCCUAAACCCUGAUAACUGGGAGAAUGAUGAGAACCUCAAGAAAAUUCGUGAAGCCAGAGGUUACUCUUACAUGGACAUUUGUGAUGUAUGCCCGGAGAAGCUGCCAAAUUAUGAGACUAAGAUUAAGAAUUUCUUUGAAGAGCACCUGCAUACUGAUGAAGAAAUACGCUAUUGCCUUGAAGGGAGUGGAUACUUUGAUGUGAGGGAUGAAAAUGAUCAGUGGAUCCGUGUAGCAGUGAAGAAGGGAGGCAUGAUUGUUCUGCCUGCAGGGAUGUAUCACCGCUUCACAUUGGACACUGACAACUACAUCAAGGCAAUGCGGCUCUUCGUUGGUGAUCCUAUUUGGACGCCGUACAACCGUCCCCAUGAUCAUCUGCCAGAGAGGAAGGAGUAUCUGGACAAGCUUGUCAAGGCAGAAGGUGGAGAUCAAGCUAUUGAAUGUGUUCUGGGUCAGAUCGUGCUGUGGUCUGGCCAUUGGGCCCUCCGGUCACGCGCGACCCGCGUCCCCGUGCCGGCUCUCCUCGCCCGGUCGCCCCCCACGCCCACGGCCCCAACCGCCCCCGGCUGCCCCGCAUCGUCUCCAGAAGCUUCCGAGCCCUCCGCGGCCGGGCGGUCGCCGGACGCGUGGUCUAGAACCUUCCACAAGGCUCGCGACGUGUCUCGACGCGCCCGUGCGGCGGGGAUAUUUAGUGGUCCGGCCACUGCCCGCCCGCCGCUCUUCUCCCGCGACCUUUUCACAGCGCAGAAAUAUCUCCUCUCCUCGCCUUCGCUUCCAUUUCCACCCAGCAGCCACAGCAGCAAGUAUCCCAACAGAUUCCCUCCGCGAUCCGCCACUUGUCCGGGCGAUUCCAGCUCCCGAUCGCGCGAAUCGAGUUCGUUCUUGGCCGCAGGAGCCGGGUUCUGGCCGCAAUCGGGUGGUUCGUUCUCGACCGGAGGGGAGGCAGCUCAAUCGGGGGUUCUUGGUUUCCGCGGGCCGAGUCCUCGGGCGGCGGCUGCGGCCAUGGAGCCGUCGGCGGCGGCCGCGGGCAUUGUGAAGGAGGAGCUCCUGGAGCAGCAGCCGCUGCAGGACGGCGUGCGCGGCGGGGACGCGCCGCGCCCGAUGGAGGGGCUGCACGAGGUCGGCCCCCCGCCGUUCCUGACCAAGACGUUCGACCUGGUGGAGGACCCGGCCACCGACGCGGUCGUCUCCUGGAGCCGCGCCGGCAACAGCUUCGUCGUCUGGGACCCGCACGUCUUCGCCGACGCGCUGCUCCCGCGCCUCUUCAAGCACAGCAACUUCUCCAGCUUCGUCCGACAGCUCAACACCUAUGGCUUCAGAAAGGUCGAUCCUGAUAGAUGGGAGUUUGCAAAUGAAGGUUUCCUCAGGGGUCAAAGGCACCUACUGAAGACAAUAAAGAGAAGGAAGCCACCAUCAGCUGUGCCACAAUCACAUCAACAGCAGGCUUCCGCUUCUUGCCUGGAGGUUGGUGAGUUUGGAUUUGAGGAAGAGAUUGACAGGCUGAAGCGCGACAAGAACAUCUUAAUCACAGAAGUAGUAAAGCUAAGGCAGGAGCAGCAAAGUACUAAAGAUCAUGUGAGAGCCAUGGAAGAGAGGCUACGCAUGGCUGAGCAGAAGCAGGUACAGAUGAUGGGGUUCUUGGCAAGAGCAAUGCGGAAUCCAGAGUUCUUCCAGCAGUUGGUCCAGCAGCAAGAUAAGAGGAAGGAACUUGAGGAAGCCAUCUCAAAGAAAAGAAGGCGACCGAUUGACAACACUCCGUUCUACAGCCCUGGGGAAACAAGUCAGAGCGAACAGCUUGAUUCACAGUUCAAGUUUGAUUCUGGCGUGCUUGAUGGGCUCAGUGAACCUGGAAUGCCUGAGCUGGAGAAUUUAGCUGUGAACAUUCAGGAGCUUGGAAAGGGUAGUACAGAUGGUGCAAAAAUGGAUCAAGCUAAUGGCCAUUCAGAGCUGAAUGAUGACUUUUGGGCAGACCUAUUGAUCGAAGAUUUUGGAGACAAGGCAGGGCAGUCAGAGUUGGAAGGAAGGCCUGAAGAUGUGGAGGAUCUUGCUCAACAACUGGGGUAUCUGAGUUCUUCUAGCCCAAAGUAGAGUUGUGUUUGUAACAGUUCACCCGACAGUUGCUGGUGCUUUCCGUACUAUUGCAGAUCAUCUUGAACAACCUGUUAAACGGUGGAGAUUUGUAGCUGUUCUGAGGGGUUCGUGUGGGAGGCCCAGACUGUGUGGACACCAGUAUGCUGAAGGCUCCGUGCUGCGAGGGAUACGUGAGGUGUUGGCUAACCUCUCCAUGCUGACUGGCAAAGUGAUCCUUACGAAGGUGACUGGCAAAGAGGUCCUAUAGACACCAGACCAGAUCGACAAGAUAUACAGCUGUUAUCAGCCCUUAUCCAGUAGCUCUUACAUCCAGAAGCUGUUCUACUGUAAAUGCUCGUGCUCGUGCCAUUGGUAGACUUUCUUCAGGUUCUGCAUUGGGUUGUAGCCUUUAGGUUGAGUACUUGAGUCACUCUGUGAUUGGUGUAACCUGAAAACAUCCUUAGCUUGCUGUUUAGCUAUCAAGCGUGAUGUUCUGUUCACUGUGCGUCAGGUUGCCAAAUAGGAUCAAAUCUGAACGAUUUAGCAUAUAUUCUUCCUAUUGCCAUCAUAUUUUUUCUGGA